UGUAUCUAAACAUUAUCAAACAAUGCUGUGCUUUCCUACGCAAUACCCAACGUGAAGAAUCGAGAAGUGAAACCAACAUGUAGUCGGAAAGUUGUCGGUAAUGUAGCUGAUGGAAAUAAUAUUAUUACAACAAUCCAGGAGUUUCCGUUACGAAUUUAUCAUGUAUGGGUCCAGGGGCGGAAACAACAAGGCCCGCUACGACGACCAGCAAGGUGAAGAUGCCAAGUCGCAGGCUGAGCAAAAACGAGUCAAAAAGCUACAAGCUGAGGUCGACGAAGUGGCAGUCAUUCUCCACACGACUGUGGAUAAACUACUCGAGAGAGGCGAGAAAUUAGAUGACUUGAUGGAUGGGGCAGACAACUUACUAGAACAAGCGUCAUCAUUCAAAACCACAGCAAAAAAAGUUAAGACGCACUACAAAUGGAAAAACAAAAUGCUGGCAGUGGCUGGUGUUGUUGUAGUUCUCGUCAUAAUUGGCCUUAUUGUUUUAUUUAUUCUCCGUCCAUGGGAAACGCAUGAUUGAACAUCAGACCUUCGUCAGAUGUUUGUUAACGAGCUCAGCAUUGUUUGGUGUUUUCCUCCGAAGCAGGAUUUAAGGUGUCACCUUGCAACUAAGGUUGCGUCACCAGUGAGCAGCAAGUUACAGUUAGACGUUUUUGUGCUACAUUGCUUUCAAAAAAGGUUUGACUUUAUCGGCCGUUUUGUAGUUAUUAAAAAUCGUUUUAAGGGCACUUGUUCUGCUAUUGCUUUCCUAAAAACAGGAUUCAUGUCAAAAGGUGUAAUUUGGCCGGCCAAACUUAUAGACACUGCCCUGGACACUAUUUGGUAAUUACUCACCAUGAAAACUUACUUGGUUACAAGCAAUAAUAAUAAUAAUGAACCAGUUUUAUAGAGCGCAUAAAACAUAUCACAAUCACAUAGAAGUCCCUCAUGCGCUUUUAGUUGAUACAGAAAGAAGUACUGAAGUACAAAAAUAAAUGUGUUUUGGAGAGCUGUUAAUAGUAUAAAACAUUUAG